UUAUGGAUCUGAUUCUUACACCUGCAGCUGAUCUCUAAUCUCAAUGAUUAUCUGUACUGUGCAGAAAAAAUUAUUGGCAGUAGGAAUAAAAUAUGGUGUUUGCAUGAAUUAAAUUUUGAUAUAGCAGUUGGCAUCUGAGGCUGAGUUUGAUUAUAAAUUGUACCUCUGUACAGAACUCAUCAUCACUCUUCACUUUGAAUGCACAUAUAUGAUGGAUUCAAAUUCAAAGAAGUGUAACAAGAUCCGUGAGGUGGUUAGGCUUCAACAGAUCCUCAAGAAGUGGAAGAAAGCUGCAACAUCUUCCUCUGCUUCCAACAGUGCAGACAUGGUUCCAAAAGGCUUCCUCGCUGUCUGUGUUGGAACAGAGCUCAAGAGAUUCAUCAUUCCCACCCAUUACCUGAGACACCAAGCUUUUGAGAUUUUGCUCCAAGAAGCCCAAGAUGAAUUUGGUUUCCAGCAAGAGGGUGUGCUCAAAAUCCCAUGCCAUGUAUCAGUCUUCCAGAAAAUACUCAAGACCGUGGAGGACAACAACAACAACAACAAACAACCUUUGCUGCAUCACUCUGGCUUCCAUGGAGACAAGGACAACACUAGUUUUCACGAAUCAGAUUGUGAAGUUACUCCCCCUCAUCAUCCUCAAACUUGUACAUAGAUAUAUUAAUUCUGUAAUAUUGACAGUGAUCGUAAUAGACUGCUUCUAUCCUUUUGAGA